CGCACUUGUGUCGUUAAAGAGCCUUUCAACAACAAAAAAGACAGAAAGUAAACAAGAAAAUUUAAUUAAUAAUUCUUUCGAUAGAAGAGAAAAAUUAUGACGAAUUUUUAAUUUAUUCAGAUAAUGAAAAUGCCCAAAAAAGGAAAGAAGCUCAAAUCCGAGCCACUCGAACGAAAAAAUAUAAAAACCGAUUUGACUGCAUCGAAUUAUAAUAAUUCCACUAUAAAAAUUGAUCCGGAUUCAAGUCCAUCUUACAUAAAAGAUGAUCCCUUUAUCGAUCUCUCGUCCGAUUUAGACAACCAAAUAAAUUUCGACUUUAAACAAUUCAACGAGGAAAUCGAUUUGAAUGCCGACGACUCUCUAAAUCAAUAUGAAGAGAACACAAUAUCAGAAGAAUCCGAAGCAACGCCAGCAAAUAAAUCAAAUUCACCAAAGAAGAGAAAAAAAUUAUCACCCACCGAAGAAUCCGCCAUGAGACAACAAAAACUCAUAACAAAUCAUCCCGUACGCAAAGGCUGCGAUAAUUGUCGUCUAAAAUGUAAUAUACGAAUAACAGCCGAAAUGCGUGACAAAACAAAUAAAGAAUUUUGGAGUUUAAUUGGCCUCGUGAGACGACGAUGCUUCAUAUUAAAUCUCGUGAAACGUUGCGAUAUCAAAAGACGUACUUCCGACGUCACUCACAAAAAACGCAACAACGUCUUUAUGUACUACGUCAAGGACAAUAACAAUAAAGAACAACAGGUCUGUAAAACAUUUUUUCUCACCACCCUCGGUUUUAAGCCAUCAAACGAUAGUCUUAUUCUAAAUACAAUGCACAGUGUCGACAAGGAAACUUUGGAGCCAAAAAUGGAUAUGCGGGGAAAAAUAAAGAAUGCCAAAAAAAUGGAAUCGAGAAAUAAGGCAGUUCAGGAGCACAUUCAAAGUUUUCAUCCAUGCGUGGCAAAUUUCCAAAGAGACGAUCUUCCAAAUAAACGAUAUCUUCCCAAUGAUUUGACAAUUAAAGAUAUGCACGCCGAUUUUAUGCGGAAAUAUUCCGAAGGCCGUGCUUGCUCCUACGAACUCUAUCGAAGUCUACUCAUCGAAAUGAACAUUACCUUCGCUAAAGUUGGGACUGACGAAUGUGACUUGUGCGAGACUUUCAACAAACACCACUCGAAUCACGAUAAAAAUAAUCUUGCUCCCGAUUGUGAUCUUUGUGACAAAUGGUCAAUGCACAUAAAACGUGACUCUGAGGCGAGAAAUAAAUAUCAAACACUCUAUUCCGAGGCUGCUUACAAUCAGGAUUCGGCCUACUACACAACGGAUAUGCAAAAACCUCUACUUCUACCGAAACUCGAUUCAUCGUUAAUAUUCACAAGAAGACUCGUGACAUUCAAUCAGAGUUUCAUUCCCCUGGGAAUUAUUGAAAGUAACAUAAGACCAAUUGUUUUUCUCUGGCACGAGGCAAUCGCCGGUAGACAAGAGGAGGACAUAAUUAGUGUCUUCCAUCAAUUUUUUCUUGAAUUACGCGACAAACGAAGAAUUGUCCUCUGGCUCGACGAUUCCUAUCAUCAGAUGAAAAAUUGGAAAUUUCUCUCCUACCUCCUCUAUAUUGUCAAUUCAAAUGACAUUGAAACUGAAUGUGUGGAGAUUUAUUAUUUUGAAUCGGGACAUAAUCCAUCGACGGAAUCAUUUUUCCAUCAAAUUGAGGUGUCAUUGAAACGAAAGGGGAAAAUUUAUGAUUUCAAAGAUUUUGAGAGUGCUGUAAGGCAGGCGAGUACGAGAAAUCCGGUAUUAAAAUCACUGACGCCUUGGGAUUUUCGUGAAUUCAAGGAUUUAUCGUCACCGCAAAAAUUGAAGACAUUAAUAUCGAAGCCAUUGAUGAAUGAUAUUCGAUAUUUGACGGCAAUGAGGGGAAGUUAUAUUCUCAAGUAUCGAAUGAAUUAUGAUGAUAAUGUUGAUUUGGCUGAUUUGAAUUUUUUACAAAUGAAAAUAACGAAAUUUGGUUUUACGAGGCCGGAUAUUGUUGGGGCUUUCCGUGGAAUACCGGACGAUAAAAAGAAGGAGAUUCUCGAUAAUUUAGUCAAGGAUAUGCCAAUUAGUAGGCGUCAAUUUUGGUAUGAUUUACCCGAAGGCGAUUUUCUCGAUCUUAUCGAUAAUUAUAGUUAAAAGAACCGCUUUUUUUCGAAAUUUCAAUCUAAUUUUGAAAUUACAAUUUCGAUGAAUUAUUGAAAAUUCAACGACUGAGCCAAAUUUUUAUAAAAAUAAAAAUAUAAACACGUAAUACAAAUAACUUCUUAUUAGUGAUGAGAAUGAAAUUAAUUUACCAGGAACUAUGAAUAAAUUAAUUUAAUUAAUAGUGAAAUUAUUAAUUAAUCAGUAGUUAAUUAAUUUUCACACGCGACAGAGAGUAAUAGAAAAUACGUUUUUUUGAAAAAAAAAUUUUUUCUCG